AUGCGAGCCCUUCUGCUGCUGCUGCUGCUGCUGCUGCUGCUGCUGGCGGGGCCCGCGCUGGCCGCCCCGGACUCCGCACCGCCGCGGUUCAACGUGAGCCUGGACGCGGCCCCCGAGCUGCGCUGGCUGCCGGUGCUGAGCCGCUUCGACCGGGCCCUGGUGCGCGCCGCCGUGGCGCAGUUCAUCCGAGACAGAGUCCCCGAGUGGGUCCUCGCGCGGAUCCGGAAGGCGGCCGUGCAGCUGGAGCAUCUCCUGCCGCAGCCGUUCGCGGGCGAGAUCCGCGGCAUGUGCGACUUCCUGAACCUCAGCCUGGCGGACGGGAUCCUGGUCAACCUGGCCUACGAGUCCUCCGCAUUCUGCACCAGCAUCGUGGCCCAAGACUCCAGAGGACACAUUUACCAUGGUCGCAAUCUGGACUACCCUUUUGGAAAUGUCCUACGCAAGCUGACAGUGGAUGUGCAGUUCUUAAAGAAUGGGCAGAUUGCAUUCACAGGAACCACUUUUAUUGGCUAUGUGGGAUUGUGGACUGGUCAGAGUCCACACAAGUUUACAGUGUCUGGAGAUGAACGAGAUAAAGGCUGGUGGUGGGAGAAUGUGGUUGCUGCCCUUUUCCAAAGACACACUCCAAUCAGCUGGCUAAUCCGCACUACGUUGAAUGACUCAGAAAACUUUGAAAGAGCAGUUUACAAAUUGGCCAAGACUCCCCUCAUUGCUGAUGUUUAUUACAUUGUUGGUGGCACAUCCCCCCAGGAGGGAGUAGUCAUAACCAGGAACAGAGAUGGCCCAGCAGACAUUUGGCCUCUAGAUCCUUUGAAUGGAGAGUGGUUCCGAGUUGAGACAAAUUAUGACCAUUGGAAGCCAGUACCAAAGAAGGAUGACCGAAGAACUCCUGCCAUCAAAGCCCUAAAUGCUACAGGACAGGCAAACCUCAGCCUGGAGACCCUUUUCCAGGUUUUAUCUGUGGUUCCAGUUUAUAACAACUACACCAUCUACACAACAGUAAUGAGUGCUGCCGACCCAGACGAGUACACAACUCGGAUCAGGAACAUCGGCUAGGAAGAUUUUAAACAAUGAAAUUGUUGAAGAGCUGCACUUUAAAGUAAAACAAAGCAAAAGUAUUGUAUUGUUUUGUGAGCAGUGCAGGUUCCUUUCUCACUGAACUUCAGCCUGGGGGAGUGGAGCUGGCAGACCACUGUGGAGCAUGUUUGUAGAAAGCUGGUCACAGUCGUGUCUUACACCCUGCCCAUGUCCUGGCCUGUUGAUCCUUAUUAACAGUCUCCCCUGGCUAGAACAACCCAAAGAUAAACGGUCUCUAGCUCAGACUGCAUCCUUGGGCUUUCCCCCAGCUUCUUUCCUGUGACUCCUGGAUCAUACUUCUGCCUGUCCCCUGAAGAAGGCUGGCAAGACCUCUGUUCACAUGGGCCCCAGUUAAAACAGUUCUUUGGAGGCUGUGGGCAUAGCUCAUUGGCAGUGUGCUCACCUGGGAAGUGUGAGGCCCUGAGUUCCAUUCCCAGCACCAUACACACACACAAGAGACGUUUCCUCUGAAGAAGUAGAGAGCUCGAGUUUGAAUAGAGCUUCUUCAAAGGUUAUGCUAGUCUGACCUCUGACUUCGUUCCCACGUGGCAGCAUUCCCACUUUUUAUAACACUUCUAAUGUAUUUUUAAAAGAUUCUGUGGGCUUCCUUUUUUACUAAAUAGCUGCUUUCUUAAUGCUUUUUUUGAAAGUCUUAUGAAACCAAAUACUUUCAUGUCACUUACUGUUAAUAAAGUAUCAAAGGGAUGUUGUCAAGGAAAAUAAAAUCUUUUCCAUGAUA